AUGGGUCGGUUCGGGCGGUACGCGGACGUGCUGGGGCUCGGGUCCGUCAAGGUGUACCGCAGGUUCGACCAGGAGGAGGGGAUCGAGGUGGCGUGGAACCGCGUCCGGCUGCGCGCGCUGGCGGACCGCGACCCCGGCAUGGUGGACCACCUCCACGCCGAGGUGCGCCUCCUCCGCUCGCUCAGCCACGACCACAUCACCGGCUUCCACAAGGUGUGGCUGGACCGCGACACCGGCGUGCUCAACUUCAUCACCGAGGUCUGCACCUCCGGGAGCCUCCACGAGUACCGCCAUCGCCACCGCCACCACCACGUCUCCGUCAAGGCGCUCCAGAAGUGGGCGCGCCAGAUCCUGGAGGGUCUCAACCACCUCCACACCCACGGCCCCUGCAUCAUCCACCGCGACCUCAACUGCAGCAACGUCUUCAUCAAUGGCAACAACGGCCAGGUCAAGAUCGGCGACCUCGGGCUGGCGGCGAUCGUGGACAAGACGCACGUGGCGCACACCAUCCUGGGCACGCUGGAGAUGGUGACGCGGGAGGUGCCCUACGCCGAGUGCGGCAGCGUCGUGCAGAUCUUCCACAACGUCACCCGGGGCGUCCCGCCCGCGGCGCUCAAGCGGCUCAAGGACCCCGAGCUGCGGGGCUUCAUCGAGCGCUGUAUCGACCAGCCCCGGAACCGGCCCUCGGCCGCCGAGCUCCUCCAGGACCCGUUCUUCAACGGCAUCCGCGGCGGGGACGACGACGACGCGCUUGCCGAUGCCUGCAGCGUCGUCGCCGGCGCUCCCGUGCCGCGCCCCAGGAGCUACGUCGACGACCUCGCCGGGCUCCGGCUGGACUGA